AUGAAAGACAAAAAGGCUCCUUGUACAUCAAGUGUGCCAACAGCAAAAAGUGCCGUUGAACAUUUAAACAAUGGUAUAGAAUCAACUUUGCAGCCUUUAAAAACUGUUGUGGCUGAAAAUUUGUUGGUAGCUAGUCCAUCCAGUAACAAAAACUUAAGUGGAUUUAAAAAGAAAAAGAAUGGAAAACCCAAAAGCAAUAGAGGCCAUUAUAAUACCAGUUUAAAUGAAUCGCCAAGCUAUCCUAAUCAAAAGUCUGCUGGAUCUUAUAAAAAGAAGAAGUAUUGGAAAGACAGGAAUUUUAGCCAAACUGUUGAAAGUCCACAUGGUUUAGUCAAGAAUCAACAAAAAGGCCAUGACAAUAAAAAGGAACAAAUAAAUAGAAAAUCUUUGGAACCAGCUGUUUCAAUUGGCAAUGUUGCAACUUCUAUCACAAUCACUAGUCCUCCUCCACAAAGUAAUAUCACCGACGAAGCACCAAGGAAUAGUGGUAACUCAUCUCAUGAAUCAUCACCAAACAGUCUAAUGGAAUAUUUCCCCUUAGCUCUUCAAAAAAAUUUACAGCACUACAACUUUUUAGAUAGUGACAAUGAAAAUGGUAACAAGGUUUCAUUGUCAACUUCCAGAAUUAGCGCUACAAACUCAUCUUCAUUUCAAAGUACUACUGAAUUAGUAAAUGGGAAUUUUCAAAAUUUGAAAAUACCUAUAAGGUUUGAUUGUCAAGAUGAUGAUUGUUUAAAGCCCAGUUUAAUCUCUUUAUCAGAAGCAACUUCUAUUUUUAAUAAUUUUAAAAAGGUCAUUGUGAAUUCAAACAGUCAUGACAACAAUGAAAACACGGAGUACUCACUUGAGUCAAUUGAUGAAAAUAUUUUUUUUCAAGAAGCAACAAAUGAAGAAUUUCAAGACGAGGAAACAACAUUUGUGUGCCAAGAGAAUGACGAUGAUGACAAUCAUGAAUCAUUUUUAGAUGAGAAGGAUAUUAAAGAGGCAGAUUUUAUUAUGAAAAUUAGCAAUGGAUUUAUUAAAGAAAGUCUGGCAUACAAUGAGGAGAUGACUAAUGCAAAACCGGUUUUAAGCUCAAAAUCACUUAAUGAACAACCAUUUUACAACUUUGAUGAUAAACCAACAACUUUGACUAAUAGCGUUGUUAAAUCUGCAGGGUUAUUUAGCCAUCAAUCAGCAGCUACAACACCUGCUCUAUCUUCCAAUAUCAAUGUACCAAAUAGUGAACCAAAUUCAGCAGCUCUCGUUAAUGGUAUUAUAUCUAAGGGUUUGGGGAAGCCCGUAAUUUCUAAAAUAUCUAGUAUUCAUUCAAAUUUCUCUUCACUUGGGGCGGAGAAUGAAGAACGUGAGCAUGUAACCAAUUCUAUUAAAGAAAAGGAUGCAUUUAUAAAGUCUUAUUUCUCUGGGUAUAAUGAUAAAGUGUUUCAAGAUGCCGAUGAAAAACAAAAUCCUAUAUCUGGUUCAAUUCUUUCUUCAAUUUUAGCUCCUCCUGCUCAAACUGUCAAGUCUGCGUCUACUUCGGCAACUGUUUUAAUGAUGUCGGCUUCUCAAGUAGGAAUGAAUAGUAUAAUGAGCCAGACUCAAAAUUACAUUCAAAAGAUACCACUAUCUUCAGAUUCUUCCAGUUCUAGUAAUAACUCUAGUAAUUAUUUUUUCAGCAAAUUUGAGUCUAAUAUAAAAGGAACCUUUGAUAAGUCAGAAACAAAAACUUAUCAAAUUCCAUCCCAAAUCCCUUCCCAAAUUUCUGAAGCAGAAAAAUCCAUUAGCAAAGAGAGUACCAAUUAUUACCCAAAUAUAUCUGAAGUAAAAGCAAACCGAUCAAAGCAUAAAUUCCCUAGUGGACUUUGUAUUUUUAUUAAUCGACUAAAAAGUCUCGAUGCCCCGUCAAACAGGUCCAGUAUUAUUCGGCAUGGAAGGGAUUUAGGAAAGUCAUUUGAAAUAAAAGAUACCAGGGAAAAUAGCCUUGUUUUAAAAUUUGAAAGCAAUAUGUUACAGUCAUUUGAUGACAAGGGUUUAAUUCAAAAAGGGUUAACAAUGGAAUCUAUUGAUUUAGUAGAUGAUUUUGAAAAGGUUAGAUUGGGAACCAAAACAAAAGAGAAUAAUACAACUCCCAUCCGCCAAAUUUCAAAACGCAACAUGAGUGGCUAUGAGGACUCAGCUAAGCGACAAGGCCGGUACUAUAGUAUUGAUGAUGUGAUUCCAAAGUUUGAAGAAUAUCGAGUUCUAGAGGAGCAGAUAGAAGAAACUAUCAUUGAAUGUUAUUCCAAUGCUAUACCUGGAAAACAUGAUAAGGAGAAAAAGGAAGAUAGUAGAAAUAUGGUAAUUGAAAUUGAAAGUGAUGGAGAUGAGGAUGAAUAUGAGGUAUACUCGAAGGAGGAAGAACAAAUUGAGAAGAACGAUGGUGAUAGAAAAAGAGAAAAUGGUGAUGACAAAGAAUUUUCUCACAAACAUCAGGAAUAUGAUAAUGACAUGAGCCUUGAAAGUAGUUCAGGCGUGGUGGCACAAGGUACGGUUACAACUAAUUUGUAUACAAACAGUAACGACGGUGAAAAUUCAUGCAAUCCUAAACAGUUAGACUUUCCGACCAAUAUGAGUGAAACACUAACGACAUUUGUUGAUAAAUUUAAUGCUGGAGAUGAAAAUAGUAUCAAAGACAGUGACAACACCACACAAAAAAAUGCGAGUGAUGAUGAUUUUUAUAAUGUUACAAGUUGUACAAUUUCGGAUAUCUCACAUGAACGGCGCAAUAGUCAGUCCAACGAUGAUUUACAUAUUAGUAGAGAGAAUUCAAGUCAGACCAAUAUUGAUGAAUCUAAAACAAAACAAAAGUCAUUGUUAAAGGAGGGUUCUAAAUACGACUUGCAAGGACAAGGAAAUACUUGCGUGAAUGACCAAUCGCCAGUGAUCACAGAGUCUAAGAUUGAAGACGAGCAAUGCUUGAAUCAUGGGUUUCAAAAGAUAUCUAUGGAAGGUGAUUGUGACUCAAAUCCGAUAUUAAAUCAUUUCAAUAGUAGUAAAGACCACGAUAAGAACGAUGACAAGCAAUUGAGUCGUGUUAGGAAUAACUUGAAAUGCUAUGAAUCAACAAAACAUGAUGAUGAUGAUGAUGAUGAUGAUGAUCAGACUGUUGAGAAUGAUGAUGAGUUGGAUGAAAAAAUGGACAAUAUUGAAGGAAGCAUUAAAAAAAAUCAUCGGAUGUUUACUAUGUCUAUUCGACAAAAAACAGAGGAUGGCAAGGAGCAAGUAAAUAGUGGAGAAAAAAGUGGAUUUUUCCCAUUUUAUGAUACCAUUGGUCUUCGUUCACACACGGCACCUGUUCAGUAUAAUAGUGUUUUUUUUGAUAGUGCCUCUUACAAAGAACGUGAAGCACAAACAUCUCUUCCUAACAAGCAAGAGCAGGGGAAAUUCAGUCAAAAAAGUCAAGGGUGUACACCAGAAACACGAGAGAAUAAAACUGAAGUUAGGGGGGGAAGCCGCAAAGAAAGAAUCAUUGAUGGGCAAGGUGUAUUAAAAUCCAACCUGAUAACUCAUUCAGGUUAUGGAGGAGAUGGUGACGAUGAAAUUUUAUCAGGUGAUGUUAAUAACAUGACUGGUGAUUUAAUAACAACAGUGGAAGAUAGGGUAUGGGAAGUGAAUCAGGUAGAAAGCAGUAUGCAUAAUUCCACUAGUCCAGUAAGAUUGAAGCAUGCGACCUUGGAUGAAAACAAAAGGGGUAGAACAGAGAUGAAUCAAGAGCGAAUUGAGGAAGGUUCGUCUGAGUCUCGUGAGGGAAACCCGUUUUUAGGUACAGAAGAAGAGGAAGAGGAGGAAGAGAAUCGAAGGCAGAAACAGUUUUCAGCUCAUGUAGCAACCAACUUUGCCAACUGUUUUAGUGACACGGACGAUUUUCUUGAUGAUUUUAAUGCCCGGACAUCAGCAAUUUGGGAGGAGGUGAAGCAAAAAAGCGCAAGAUGGAAGGGGUUUAGGGAAGAUGGGUUUGGGGUUGAUGGUUCCAUGUUUGAGUCAUAUUCUUUAACGGAAAAUGAUAUGGUAUAUCCUGGUACAUUUUCUGGAGCCUCGCAGACGUCGUUAUCAUUGGAGGUUAUUGAUUCAGGGAUUUCCAAGCUAUUUGGAAGCAGACGAAAUCAUCACGGUAAGCCGCACACCGAGAAACAACAUGUGCCGACGGGGAUAGUAUUUGGAUUGGAAGAAGAGGAUAAUGUUGGGAUUCAUGCAAAGGAGGUUGUUGGUGGGUAUUCUGUGGAAAAGUCUAGUGAGUUGUAUUUGCAUGAAGGGGACAAGGAAAAGAAGAAGGAAGAAAGAAAGAGAAAAAAGGAGAAGAAAAAGAAAGCAAUUGAUAGUAUCAAUUAUGAACAGUUUUAUGAUGAUGAUGAUUCUAAUAAUGAUGAUGCUGAGGGAAAAGCAGGGAAUAAGUAUAGAGGAGCUGAAGGUUAUUUUGAACAGGCUAAAAAACUGGAAAGAGUUGGUACAGAAGAUGCAGAUUUUGAAGAUAAUUUGCAUACUAAUAACACCUCGACUAAUAAUGGAUCAGCAGUAAGGGGGAAAAUAAGGCAAAAGGAUAGUAGACAUGAGAAUUAUGGGAAGAAUGAUGAAGAUUCUCAAAUAUCAGAAUCGUUUAAGCUUAAAAGAAAAUCAUCUCUUUCACGGACGCUUUCACGAGUGAAUUCUAAGCAUCGGAAGAGUAUAAAUGAGAGUUUUGUUAAAGAAAAAGACUUGAAGAAGAAGAAGUCAAAUGAAAGUUUAAGCGAGUCAUGUCAUCAAGACUGGAAGGAUGAGGAUCAGAAUGAGGAUCAAAAUGUGGAUGAGAGUAAGGAUGAUAGCAAGAAUACCAAGAAAGAAAAGGAGGAUGGGAAAAAGAAGGGAGGGGGUAAUGCAGGAUCUGGGGUUUCUGGUACCAGCAGCAGUACGUUAGGUGCAGGAGCCAGUAGUCUAAAGAUUCCUAAAGAACUUUGGAGUAAAAGUGAGAGCAGUGUAUCAAGUACUACUACCAAGAGUUUAAAGUGGUGGAAACGUGGUGGUGGUGGAGGAGGAGGAGGAGGAGGAGGAGGUAAUGGAAGUGGUAGUAGUAAUAAUACUACUACUACUACUACUACUACUACUACUACUACUAAUAAUAAUAAUAAUAAUAAUAAUAAUAAUAUCACCAACAAUCAUUAUUACAGACAAGAGGGUGUUAAGAAGAAUGGUGAAGAAUUUGAUGAUGGGGAAGGGAAAGAAGUGACUACUAUUACACCAACUAGAUCGAUUGGACGACGAAGACGACGGUUGAGUGAAACUUCAUACCGUGAGAGUGGGCAGAUUGAUUCAGGUGGGGUUGAGAAAAGUGACUGUGUCAAGAAGGGACAUUAUGAUUACAAGAUGGAGGAUGGUGUAACAGCAGCAGCAGCAGCAGCAGCAGCAGUAGUAGUAGCAACUGAUUGUAAUAAUGGAGUAGGAGUGGAAGGUUUAAAGGAAUUUGAUGGUUAUAGUAAGACCAAUUACAAUGGUGGGAAAGGAAGUAUAAGUACCAAUACUAGUAGUAGUGGAGGCAAGAGACGGUGGUGGAAGAUGAAGCAUUCAUCAAGCGAUUGA